AUGAAAAAUUAAAAACUGAAAUUAAAAGAAAAUGAUGAUUUUGUAUAAAUUUACUUUGAUGCUUUUUCUAAAGCCAUUUCAGGUACAAAAAUUGAGAACUAUUAACAAAAUCAUUAGAAAAUCAAUGAAAAAUUCACUCUAUUCGAAGAUUUAUCUAUACUAGUGAAAUUACAUAGUCCUUCCAAAAUUACUCAAAAAAAGGGAUUCUAAGAUAUAGCCCUGAUUUUAUAACGAUCCUCCAUAAGUAUAAGAAAUAGGUAUUGAUUUAAUUAAAGCAAGAUAUCAAUAGUACUUAUAACAUCUUAAUAGUCAAGACUUUUUGAAGAUCUACUAAUAUUUAUAGAAACAUGGUAUUGAUGGUUAACUCAAUUUUUAACUUGAAUAUGGGAAUUGUUGGAAAUUGAAGGAUAUUUCAUCUAUAUUAGAGUCUCCAAUAUACAACUUGAUUGACAGUCCAAUAAAGUAAGCCAAAGAUAAUGAGUAAGCUUAGAAAUGCAAAUCUAAUUUUAAAAGGUUAAACCAAGAAGAAUAACCUAUUGAACCUUAGGUCUAAAAGAAAAUUAAGUUUUAAUUUUCAGCUAAGUAUUUAUUAAAUUAAAAAUAGCUCGAAAUACGACAAAUCAAGUAAAAAGUAAUGUCCCUUUCAAACUGAAUAAACACUUUUGAAUAUAGAGCAAAAAUAAACAGCAGAAGAAUUAAAAUAUACUUUAAAAUUAUUGUCGAAUUUGUUGAAUGCAUCUUAUAAAGAUCUUGUUCAUAAAAUGUAUUAAUGCUCAGGAGAUCUUAAUACUCUUUUGAGAGUAUUCUCUCAUAGAUAAGAAGGAUUGCUUUGGACCAAAGAGGCAGAUGAAGCAUUAAAAGCUUAUUUAGAGUAGAAUGACCUUUUAGAAAAAUAAAAACUGAAAGUAAUCUUAAAUGGUGAAGAAUCAAUACAACAAAGAAAAGAAUGGUUAUAUGAAUGA